CCUCCUCCCCCUCCUCCUCCUCCUCCUCCUCCUCCGCCUUCCUCCUCCCGGCCCUGCCUCCCUCCCCCUUUCAGAACACUCAAUGUCGGAACGUUCCGAAGAUGACGUCGGAGCGUUCUCGAAUCCCGUGUCUCUCGGCUGCUGCUGCCGAAGGAACAGGGAAAAAGCAACAAGAAGGAAGAGCAAUGGCGACACUGGAUCGCAAAGUGCCCAGUCCGGAGGCGUUUCUGGGCAAACCCUGGUCCUCCUGGAUCGACGCCGCCAAAUUACACUGCUCGGACAAUGUAGAUUUAGAAGAGGCUGGAAAAGAGGGUGGAAAAAGCAGGGAGGUUAUGAGGCUUAAUAAAGAAGAUAUGCACUUGUUUGGCCAUUACCCAGCACAUGACGCCUUCUAUCUCGUCGUGUGCAGUGCCUGUAAUCAGGUCGUCAAGCCACAGGUUUUCCAGGCGCACUGCGAGAGAAGACACGGUUCAAUGUGCAGACCCUCUCUCUCGCCCGCGUCUCCACCCUCCAAUUCCAGGACGUCACUCGUCCCAGGGAGAACCAAGACCUGUCUGAGCGGCCAUAACUCUGCCAGCAGCACCUCAAAGCCAUUCAAAACGCCCAAAGACAAUCUUCUUACCUCCAGCAGCAAACAGCACACGGUCUUUUCUGCGAAAGGAUCGAGAGACAAACCAUGCGUUCCAGUUCCUAUAGUCAGUUUAGAGAAAAUUCCUAACCUAGUGAAGGCAGAUGGUGCCAAUGUCAGAAUGAACUCGUCAGCCCCCACUGCGGUCACCUCCUGCUCCACCUCUGCGGUCUCCACCCCACCUCUCACUAAGCCAGUCUUGAUGUCCAAGCCGGUGCCGCCUUCCCCUGAGAAGAUCCUAAACGGCAAAGGAAUCCUCUCUGCCUCCCUAGACAAGAAGCAUCAAAAUGGCACCAAAAACAACAACAAGCCUUACAGGAGACUCUCAGAGAGAGAAUUUGACCCAAAUAAACACUGUGGAGUAUUGGAUCCCGAGACAAAGAAACCUUGCACAAGAUCCCUCACCUGCAAGACACAUUCGCUAAGCCAUCGGAGGGCAGUCCCGGGCCGGAAAAAGCAAUUCGACCUCCUUUUGGCGGAACACAAAGCCAAGUCCCGGGAAAAAGAAGUUAAAGAUAAAGAGCAUCUCCUGGCUUCCACAAGGGAGGUGCUUCCCAACCCUGCUGCUGGGCCGGGGCCGGAGACUCUGCCGGGAUCUUCAGGGAGCUUGGGGCCAGAACCUAAAGUCGCCUCCCCUGCAAAAUCCAGACCACCUAACUCUGUGCUUCCUCGACCGUCAUCUGCCAAUAGCAUAAGCAGCAGCACGUCUUCCAAUCACAGUGGCUACACGCCGGAACCUCCUCUGCCCCCAGCCGGAGGGGACCUCGCCAGCCGACUGUCAAGUGAUGAAGGGGAGAUGGACGCAGCUGAAGACUCGGAGAAGUUAGACUGUCAGUUCUCCACCCACCACCCCAAACCUCUCGCGUUUUGCUCAUUUGGAAGUCGCCUCAUGGGACGUGGGUACUAUGUGUUUGAUAGAAGAUGGGAUCGUUUUCGACUCGCACUAAACUCCAUGGUAGAAAAACACUUGAAUUCACAGAUGUGGAAGCACAGAAACCCGAGUCCCCGGGCCUCAGGCCCCUCCCCCCUUUUCAGGACUUGCCUAACCAACCUUCUGUCUCUGAGCAACAUUGGGGCUGCCUGGGUGUCAACUCUGGAGAGCGUAGCGCCUCGCUGCCCUCUCAGCCUCGCUGCCCAAACCCCAGGCCCCCCCGACGGGCCCGACCCUGGAGGGAUGGCCGCCGAUGGGGGCGUGGAAGACAUUAGGAAGAAAAGGAACGGCCAAGACUCUUUUUUCUUUAACAAGCAUUUAACUCUGCAUCAGGAGACGCCAGCACAGUAUUCUCUUGCAGCCAGGAAGAUCCCUCCUGCGGCAGAUAGCCCCAUGCCCUCGCCAGCAGCCCGCAUCACCACCCCCGUUCCGGCAUCCGUUUUUCAGCCUUUCAGCAACCCCAGUGCUGUGUACCUUCCUUCAGCUCCCAUCAGCUCGAGGCUCACCUCUUCCUACAUCAUGACAUCAGCCAUGCUCUCAAACGCAGCUUUCGUGGCAUCGCCGGAUCCGAGCGCCCUCAUGUCCCACACCUCAGCUUUCCCUCAUGUGGCUGCCACCCUCAGCAUCAUGGACUCAACCUUCAAGGCCCCCUCUGCCGUGUCCCCGAUACCAGCCGUCAUCCCUCCCCCCUCCUCCCACAAGCCAUCCAAAACCAAAACCAGCAAAUCCUCAAAAGGCAAAGACCUGUCCGCCCGUAGCGACGAGUCUCCAAGUAACAAAAAGAGGAAGUCGCAGCCUUCGACUUCCUUCUCCUCCACCUCCUCCUCCUCAUUAUCCUUGCCGACACCCCUCUCGUCUCCAUUGUCAGGGCCCCACAAAAAGAACUGUGUCUUGAAUGCCAGUUCCGCGUUGAACUCCUGUCAGGCGGGCCCUCCCUUUAACAGCCUGUCUGCACACAGCGCCAACAACGGGGUGAGCCCACUCAGUGCCAAACUGGAGCCCCCAGGACGGACCUCGCUGCCCGGUGGCCCCGUGGACCUUGUGAGACACGUGGGCUCGGCGGGUGGCAGCGGCCCCUGUCCCCUCUCGGUGCCCUCCCUGGCGGGGGACCUCUCCCUGGCCGCCCACAAUGCUGUGGCUUCUCUGCCCCACUCUUUUGACAAAUCAGAAGGAAAAAAGCGUAAGAACUCGAGUUCUAGUAGCAAAGCCUGUAAAAUCACUAAAAUGCCUGGUAUGAAUAGUGUUCACAAAAAGAACCCGCCCGGCCUCCUCGCAGCCGUGCCUGACCCCGCCAACAGCAUCUCCGCUCGGCAGGUUGGGAAAAAUAGCAGCCUAGCUUUGUCACAAUCCAGUCCUUCGAGCAUAUCCAGCCCAGGACACAGCAGACCGAAGACUACAAACAGAACGGGCAGGAUAAGGACUCUACCAUAGUAAUCAGACUCCAGAGCCACUUCCAAACUGAUUCCUGGUGCCCGUGGCCGGCAGAGGAGCAGGGGAGGGGUGGGCAGCAGGGGAGAGGCUAUUUCUGGUGCCCUGUCUAUGGCUCUGGUCUUUUUCCUUCUUUUUUUUUUUUAAUUCUGAUUUGACCAAUUCUUAGUUUUGAAGAAAAAGGCAAAAGAAUGUGAGUUGGAAAUUUACAGAAAAUGAUGCCAGUGUUUAUGUUUCUGUCGCCUUUAUUUGCCAUGUGUAAGCGUUCUUCCAAGUUUGGGGGUCACUCCUCUAGCUUCUGUGUGAUGCUGCUGCAGCUCCGUCAUUCUCUUCAGCCACAAGAGCAGACGUGGCAGAGUGUCCGUUCCAGGUCAGCGUCUGAAACAUCAGCCUGGGACGGGCAGCCUCCCC